AAUUGAAUCAGGUCAUGUAACAAACACUACUACUACACAAACCUUGAGCAGAAAGAAAUCAGAACGACGACGUCCUGUGAACUUGUUUAACACAAACAAUUACAUCGUCUGUAUGAAUUUUGAACUGUGUUCUUCAAAUGGCCGGAUUUAGCUGGCUAAGAAAUCGGCCAAACUUCAUCUUGCAUAAGUUUCUGUAUCCUCAACAUUUGGCGUCAGUAUGCAGUCGUCGUCGUGUAGCUUCAAAGGCUUUUCAUCCAAUUGUUCACAGUCGUCGAGGAGAUUUUUACAACGCUGGAAAGCCUUUAGAUUUUGCAAAUAUCAGAAUGCUACUUUUGAAGCGUUGCAUCCAUGCCACAGGUUAUUAUAACUCGAGAGAAGGAGAUUACUACCAACUUCUAGGUGUUCCUCAGAAUGCUAGCAAAGACGAGAUCAAAAAGGCUUUUCAUGCUCUGGCAAAGAAGUAUCAUCCGGAUGCAAAUAAAAAUAACCCUUUGGCGAAGAGAAAAUUUCAAGAGAUAAGAGAGGCUUAUGAGGUUCUACAAGAUUCCGAAAAAAGAGCUGAGUAUGACAUGUUGAAGCAGCAAUCCCGGGAAAACACGACUUCUUCUUCUAGAGGUACUGGCGGAUUUAGACAUGCUAAUGGAAGUGCUGAGUUUUCUGAUUCUUUUCAAAAAAUAUUCUCUGAGAUUUUUGAAGAAGAGACAGAUAAUGCUACAAGCGAUAUUCAGGUUGAGCUGUCAAUUUCCUUUUUGGAGGCUGCUCAAGGCUGCACAAAACACCUAUCAUUUGAUUCAAAUAUUCUUUGUGAAUCUUGCGAUGGGCAUGGUUACCCUGUUAAUGCUAAGGCAAAACGUUGUCCAACUUGUGAGGGAACAGGGACAGUUUUUAUUCACCCGUUCUUGGCUAGAUGCAGCACUUGUAAAGGGUCAGGCCAUAUUAUUAAGGAAUAUUGUAGGUCAUGUGGUGGCUCCGGGAUUGUUGAGGUAGUCAAGGAAGUCACAGUUCCCAUACCAGCAGGCGUAGACUCUGGUGACAUAAUAUCGGUUCCAAGAGCUGGCAAAGUUGGAAGACGAGGUCAAUCUGGUACCUUAGUAAUAAAACUAAAGGUUGCUGAAGACCUGGUUUUCCAAAGAGACGGUGCAGAUCUAUACGUAGAUUCAAAUAUCGGCUUUACUCAAGCAUUGAUUGGUGGUAAGGUUGAUGUACCGACUUUAAAUGGAAAGGCACAAGUAAAAAUACCCAAAGGGGUUCAACAUGGACAACUAACAAUACUAAGAGGCAAAGGCUUGCCAAGGAAAGGUUUUUUUGUGGAUCAUGGAGACCAGUAUGUACGUUUCCGCAUUAAUUUCCCCACGGUAGUAAAUGAUCGUCAACGUGCUAUACUGGAAGAGUUUGCCAAGGAGGAAAUUGAACAAGCACAGAACAUGGCAGUUGAUGGAAACUGGCUUUAUCAGCAGCUCUCUACUGGUUGAACUUACAGGUGGAUUCGUUUAACCGAAUACGCUACAACCCCCAGAUUCAUGCUUGAAUUAUCGACGUUAAUGCUGGUUCUUCUGUUCAUCAACAAAGUCUUGACCUAGAUCCUCCGCGUGGUCAAAAUAAAUUUGCAGCAUUCCUUACACAAAUUGCUGCAUCAUGACUUGUACACAUACUACACAAAGGGAUGGUGAGUUUCCUCUUCUCAUAUCACAUUUUUGUUUGAUCUCAUUGCUGGAAUUAGACGAUGAAAACAAGAAGUAACAAUGUCAUACCGACAUGCACCUUGUGCAUUGGAAAUGGUUCGUAGCCCAAAAUUUGGUACCACGGACUUUUGAGGUGGGGUUAUUUUGUAUUUGUUCUCUUUUAGGUGUUAGUUUGAUUAAACAUAACGUCCAUCAGUUUGGUUGGUACGGUUUUUGGACGGAUUAAUGAGGUUGAUUUUGGGUGAUGAGCAAGAAUUUGAGCCACCGAAUAGUUAGUCUUAUUAACAAAGUUAUACCAUUUAAACCGCUUUUGUAAUUAAUAGAGUAUGAUUGUUGAUGGCUGGCAACUGUUCGCAUAGUCGUAAACUACACUUUGGUCAAAAGAAUGCGGCAUUAAUUUAUGGAAGCGUUGGUUGUUAAGAUUA